GAGCGGUGGGAGCGGUGGGAGCGGUGGGAGCGGCCGGAGCCCCCGCCCCGAAGGAGGCACAGCGGGCUGGGCUGCGGAUGGAGGGGAGCCGGACCCCUCCCCGGUACGGAUCCAUGGAGUCCACCCGGUGGCCGCCCGCGGGGCCAGAGGAUGAGAUCGUUUCCAUGGCUGACUCCACCACCACCAUCGAUGACAUCGAGGGAGAGCUCUUCAAAAUCGAGAGGAUCAGGGAGAUCCUGGUGAGGAGGGAGUCAGAGCUGCGCUACAUGAUGGAUGACAUUCAGCUGUGUAAAGAAAUCAGCCGGCUGAAAAAGGAGCUUCAAAAACUCAUAGCCCUGCCAGAGAACGAGAAGUCCAACGAGGAGAAGCAGAGGGAAGAAGACCUGGUUCAACAGAUACACAAGCUGGUGGAAACACGGGAUUUCCUGGUGGAUGACGUGGAAUUUGAGAGGCUCAGGGAAAGGGAAGAAGACAAGGAAAUGGCAGAGUUCCUGCAAAGUAAGCUCUCCAAAAGCUACCUCCAGAAAGCAACUCCUGUCAAAGAGAAGAAGAUGACUUCCAGGGGACAGCAAACCUCGGCACCGUACAUGACCAAGACCGGCCUCACCCUGCUCAAGGAGUGCUGUGGCUUCACCUGCUCCAUCAUGUAGCCAGUCCCAGCUCCUGGGCACGGGAAUGACCAUGGUCUCCAGCCAGAGUGCACAAUCUGCUCUCCUCCGAGAGAUUCCACCUCCCGUCAUUGUCCAUGCUUCCCACUGCGGCACCACCAUCAGAGGGGCUUCCCGAGCGGGCUGGUGCAAGUUUGAGCGACCACAUCAGUGGUACCACGUCCUCCAUGGCAUCAACAAACUCCGCAUCCCACCUGAGCUCAGCUUGGAAGGCGUGUGCUGCAGCAGAGUCCGUGGCCAAGGGACCGGCUCAGUCCUUCACCAGCACACGGGGUUAAAAAUAGCACAUGUUUGGAGAACAUUGUGCUCCACCAUCCGAGACGUGCCGUGCCCACAGACGAUUGUCUCAUCCUUAGCCUUGUACAACCCUGUGAGUGUCUCUGGGAUGAUUCCUGAGGACUCCUGGUGGGGAAUCUCUGCUUUGGGUUUCACUGCGUUUGCCUCGGUUGCGUUGCAAGGUGCUCUGUGGCUCUGGGUAGAGCCAAGCAAAGGUGCAGGGCAGAUCCUGGAGCCUGCUGAGUGAAGGGAUGAUCCCUGUGGAGUUACCACCAGAGUGCAGACUGGGUGUGUGAAACUGUGGGCAGAUGAGUUGCUUUUCCCACCUCACCACGACUGGAUUCAGUGCUCAGCUCCAAGAAAAAGGAAGGAGGUGGAACAAUAGGAGCAAAAUUCAGAACAGGGCAACAUGCAGAAGGAAAGGAAAACCCAGCAGGACACUGGAGAGAUGGCAGGGGAAGGUGGAGACAGCAGAUGAGAGGCUCUCAGUGCCAAGAGGGCGUUCAGUCCUGCCCUCCAGUGCCCCAGCCAGCAACUCUGGGCUUGGCACCAUGAGCUGGACACAGUCCUGUGCAAAAGACUCAGGGCACCCUGAUGUCACCCAGUGCCCCUGUUGUCCCUUCUGAGCAUCCACCUGUGUUGAGGUGGCACAGCCAGAGCUGCUGAUGCCCAUGGCAGUAGGACAGGAGCUUUCCUUCUCCCUGGGUGUGAAGGCCUCUCACCCCUCCCACCCUGCCUGCCCUUCUGCCCUGUAGCUGCUGAGGCUUCCCUGGGUGUCCUGGGGUGCUCUCCCCUUUUAGGGGGGCUGUCCAGGAGCUCUUGCUGGCUUGUCCUCCAGCCAAAAUGCUGAUUCCCCCAGCUCAGCCCUGAUGCAGUUUGCUGCAGGGUCCUGAGGUGGGGUUCCUGCCUGGGUCACUGCUCACCCUGCCAGGGAGUUCACACAACCCCUGUGGCUUUUGCCAUUGCACCUGAUAGCACAUUCACCCUUACAAAGCACAAUGCAGGUGGGAUCCUUCCUGGGGCAGUGCCAUAAGCAGGUCCAAGUUGCUCAUUGAAUCACAGAAUGGUUUGGGUUGGAAGAAACCUUAAACAUCAUCUUGUUCCACCCCCUGCCAUGGGC